AUGGCUCAUUCUAAGCAUAUAGACAAAGUUCUUGAUAGGCAUAGUAAUGAAACUAUUGCAAAUAACUGCUUAAGGUUGAAGGCAUCCAUUGAUGCUAUUCUAUGGCUUGCAUUUCAAGCAUGUGCAUUUAGAGGCGACGAUGAAAAAAUUUCAUCAGUUCUUUCUCGUCAUAAUCUUGAUGUUCAAAAUCUUAGGAGACAAGGGUAUGAUGGAGCUACCAAAGAAGUUUGCUAUAUUCAUAAAUUCUUUUCAAAACUUACACUAAUUGUGAAUGUUGUGACUGUUUCUCCUAAACAUCAUGAUCAGUUAAGGGUUGCUCAAGCAAAUAAUGUUGCAAACUUAAUUGCCGAUGAUCAACUUGUGACAGGUAGUGGACUUAAUCAAAUUGGUACUUUACAAAGAAUUGGAGAUACUAGAUGGGGGUCUCAUUUGAAUUCUGUACGUAGCUUGCUAUGCAUGUUUGAUGCUACUUAUGAAGUUCUUGAAAAAAGCACUGAAGAAGGUAAUUUCUCCAAUCAUGGUGAUGCUAGUGCUGCUUAUGAUGCUAUCACAUCCUUUGAAUUUGUCUUUGUUUUGCAUUUGAUGAGAAAUAUUUUGGAAGUUAGUUAUGAUCUUUGUCAAGCUUUACAACGAAAAAAAUCAAGACAUAUUGAAUGCUUUAACUCUGGUUUCUACUACCAAGACUUUAAUCCAAUGAAUGAGAGAAUCAAGUUGGGAGGCUUUCAUAAAAGAAGUUAUAUUUUUUGUGAGAAACAUGAAGUUGAAGUUCCUGAUAUGAAUGCAUUGCAUAUUCCUAGAAGAGGCCGAACUCGCAAAAUUGUUGACCAAAUUUCAGUGGAGCAUCAUUACUGUGUUAAUUUAUUUUUUGCUGUAAUUGAUAUACAUUUGCAAGAGCUUAAUAGAAGAUUCAAUGAUAAUAUGGUGGAAUUGCUUACUUUAAGUUCAACUUUAGAUCCCAGAGAUAAUUAUAAGUUCUUCAGUGUCAACAAAUUAUGUCAAAGAUUAACAAAGACGGCAAAUUCUUUAACAUAUCCUUUGAUUGAUCGUUUGAUUCGCUUGGUAUUAACUCUCCCUGUUUCAACUGCUACAACUGAGAGAUCUUUUUCAGCUAUGAAUAUUGUGAAGAAUAGACUCAGAAAUAAAAUGAAAGAUGAAUUUCUUGCUAAUUGUCUUUUGAUUUACAUUGAGAAGAAGAUUGCUGAAAGAUUUGACACCGAUUCUAUUAUCGAUGAAUUUUAUGAUAUGAAGAAUCGACGUUUAUACUUGUUGCUAGUGCUUGUUGAUGAUGAUUUUGUGUAUGAAAUGUUGCUAUGGCUGCUGAAAAUUGAUUUGAUGAAUAAGAACUUGAGAUAUGUUGUUAUAGAUGAGAUGCUGAAGAAUGGAUGCACCUAUGAUAUGAAGUUGCGAUAUAUUGAAUUAAGAGUUCUUGGACAACUUUGGUUAGUCAAAAGAAAGUUAGAAAUGUGGAUUUAG